ACAUUAUUCUAUGGUACUGUUUUUUUGUGUUUCAGGGGAGAUAACUCGAAACAAAAAUGACCUGAGAUGAUUGCACAGGCCGUGCAACUUACCUUCAUAUUUGUGAUUGUGACCAUGGACCUAACUACUGGAAAGCAGCUAAAUGACGGGAUCCGUUCGCCGUGUGACAUUCUGGAUUGUGCCAACAAUGCCGUGUGUAUGGAAGUACUGUCGGAGAACAGAAGUGAAUCUAGGACGUCGUGUAAGUGCAGUGAGCGCUACACCGGAAGUAGAUGUCAGUACGUCGUUGUGUUAAAAUAUCAUUUAUUGACUUCAAAUUCAGCCAAGCUAGAAAUUUCGCGAGACCAUUCAAACGACACUAACCAUACUGAUCACGACAUUACAGACCAUGAAUCAAAAUUCACAAUUCUGUACUGGACUAAUUUCUCAGCCCUCGCAUGUACAAUGGCGUCAGACGUUAACUCUGGACCUUUGACGAUCGGAAGUCUUGAACCCGAUACGAAAUACACAUUCUGCGCAGUUUCCGGUAUAGCGGAGUUCUGCCAUUACUACAAUUUCCAUGAUGAGAUGCCAGUCAACUGUGUGUUCAUUACAACUUCCGGUCCUACACAGGAUGACGGAAGUGCUGUUUAUAUAGCGCCGCUCGUGUUGACGAUAAUGUUUGUGAUAGGAUUGUGUAUUUUAUUAGCAGUGAUAAUCAAAAGGAAGUAUAUAGAGUGUUUAUAUAAAUACCAGUCGUGCUUCUCAUCAAAAAGAAAAAGUGACACCACAACUCUGUAUAUGGGGGCAGGAAGUAGACGAAAGGGAGGUAAAAGUAAACAACACUUGAUGCCUCUACCCCAGCGCCCCCCACCGGACAUCGUGUUACACCCACCGUCCAGCCCGGGUCGGCCGCCCCACAAACUAGCACAGUCUACUCGUGGGUACACGUCAACAUUCUCAGCCAGGAACGAGUCAGCCAUCCCGCUGACCACGGUCAUUGAGUACGGCCCUACCGGGGACACGUCCACAGCUAUUGAAUACAGCCCCAGCGAUGAUGUCUCAUUUACUGCAGAGUCUAGUCUCAUCCUUCAUCGGGUGGACACAGAAAGUUAACUUAAUAUACUAGAAUAUCAAACUUGUUUGCUUUUGUGAUUUUUUGUUUAGAACAAGAAUACAUAAUAAAAGUAAAGAUAGCAUCACUUUA